UAACCCUUCGAAAUACAGCCGAAAAGGUUUUUUCGUUGAAAGUUGGGUAUUUGACGGCCGAUUUUUAAAAUUAACAUGUCAUCACAUUUCCUUUUAAGCUAUGAAGUCGUUUACCCAUGGUUAGGUCAGCUAACAAAAUUCGCCCCCACAAAUUCCUCCAACAGUUUUCUUAGUUGGAAAUUUAAUCUCACUGCUUUCGUACCAAUUUAGGUACAUUUUUGCUACGAUUUUUCCCAAAUUCAUACUCUUUGUUUUCGUCGCAUCAGCAACCCGGGGAGUGCAAAACUGACGCUGUCAAUAGCGAGCUAACCUCUUGUAAUUUAAUCAUGCCAAUAAAUUUUAUAAAUUGUGGAAGUCAAAGUAAAUAAGUGAGUCAAACCUGUUGUUUCGUAUUGAUAAUAAUAAUUUAUAAUUAAUACCAUAAAUUGUGCUGGUGAAAUAAAAUUAAAAAGUGACUUAACAGUGUGUGCAAUUUAAAAAUGGCUUUCGUUAAGCGCGAUAUUGAUAUUAAAAUGUUACCUACGAAACGUGGUGUUAUUGAAUAUUUUUUGUUCCUUAAAUAUUACGGCUCUGCAAGUGUUCCAAAAAAUCGAAGUCUCAAUGAAUAUUUGCCAAUAGUUAUGAACACAAUUUCAAAGUUGUGGCAGCAGGCAAACAUCCCUAUAGUUACAAGAACUACGCUCCGGAGAAACAUUGAAAGCCUCCUUCAAAGUUAUUACAAUGUAAAAAAACAUCCUUAUGAAUAUAAUGAUCAGGAAUGGAAUAAAAUAUUGUUAAUUUCAAAGUGUAAGUGCAUUAUGGACUUAAAUCGACAAUGUGAUUGCCCUAGUGCAAGUAGAGUUCCAACCGCGGUAAAUGACUUUCUUUAUGAUCAAUGCGGGCCAAGGCUUUUGUCAUUAGAUAGUGGGCUUGAUCAUACUAGAACUGACAAUUGCUCGCUAGAAUGUAAUGUUGAAAAUCACACUGAAACCGCUGCAAGUUCGAUUGGUUAUGUGCCUAGCUCAAGUGAAGACGAUGAAGCAAGUGAAGAAGUCACACAAAGUUUAAAAGUAUCUGAUUUGUCCUUAAAAAAUUAUUGCUCGGCGUUAGAUAGGACGGAUACUUCAGAUCGCUUUGGAUCAUUGCUUGCUACAAUGCUAAUAAAAGAUUUGCAAGCUGCGAUUGCUACAAAAGUAAAAAAGGAUUUUAAAGAAAACACAGCGGAUAAAAUUAUGAAAUAUUUUGAUUAUCUGGUCAUUGACAAAAAUAAAAUUUCACGCGAGCGUAACAAAUGUAGAGCACAAACUGAAGCAGCAACAAAAACUGGCACUGAUCUUAAAUGCAUUUCGUAUGAUGGUAAACAGGACGUAACACUAAAAAAAAAAAUAGUUCACGGUAGCGUAAGAACAAUGCUUCUAAGAGAGGAGCAUAUUACAAUUUUGAAAGAGCCUGAUUCGAAAUUUAUUGGAUACGUAUCUCCAAAAGAAGGCACUGGGGAAGCAAUCCAGCAAGCAAUAGUAAGCUUUUUGAAUACCCAAAAAUAUUGCUUAAACGAACUUGUAGCUAUAAGCUGUGAUGGUACAGCUGUCAAUACUGGAUAUAAAAUUGGAGUAAAUGCACAAAUGGAACGUUAUUUACAAAGGCCCUUGCAGUGGAAUGUGUGUUUGUUACAUUUCAACGAGUUGCCUCUAAAAAAGUUGUUAACGCAUUAUAUUGGCAAGCAGAAAAGACCUGGUGUUUGGCCAGGGGUGUUGGGGUCUGAAAUUAUGACUUGCACCAAAUACCCGGUUGUAAGUGGUUUUGAGGCUAUUGCUAUGGGAGUUAUUCCUGAAAAUAUUGGCUCUUGGGAAUUACGCAAUGAUCAGCGUUAUUUAUUUGAUAUGGUUUUGGCAGUAAAUAAUGGUGAAUGCGAUGAAUAUCUCGCUAGUAAGAGCCCCGGUCCCGUCAGUACAGCUCGGUGGCUUACAACAGCUUCCAGGUUACUUCGGGUAUAUGUUUCCAAAGAAAGCCCGUCAGCGGAGUUGCGAAACAUGGUAGAGUUUGUUGUGAAAGUUUAUGCACCAUUCUGGUUUCUUGUAAAGAGCCAGCCACAAGCAAUUCAUGGAAGUAGACACGUUUUUAAGUAUAUUUGCUGGAUACGCGAACUAUCAAAUGCUGUUCAAGCCAUUAUACGUUCAGCUAUAGAAAAUAAUGCAUAUUAUUUUCACCCAGAAAAUAUAUUAUUAGCCAUGAUAACCGACGCUGAUCCAGAGAUACGUAAUGAUGGGUACGAAAAUAUCAAAACAGCACGUCAAUAUCCACCAGCAGGGCUUCGCGUGUUCAAGGUCCCAAAGCGUGGCGUAAUAAACUUUGAAAGUAAGUCGUAUGUCAGCAUGAUCGAUUGGAGUCAGUUUAAGAUUACGGAACCCCCUUGUGUGCAGUUCUACCCAGAUAGAGAACUUACAAUGUUUCAAUUUUCGGAAAAUGAAGUGAUAAAUAUCCCAGAGUUCCUCUGUCAUUCCCAGAAUACCGAACGGUUUGUGCGUGUUGUUAGUGAGUCUGCAAGUGCUGUCACUGAUGAAAAGCGCCUGGGCCACAUUUUUGCAAAAUUAGAAAGCCGAGACCAAUAUAAAAGCCUUGAUUCGCGCCAAAAUUUGCUUAAGUAGCAAUAAAUAUUGUAAGUGAAAUAACUUUUUUGUUGAUUAUUUUAGUAAUAUAGUUUGAAGGCAACAUUUUCUUGAAUUUUUAAGUA